AUGUCAGGCGUUGUGCUGGAUACGACAGUACCUCGGGAUGCUGGAGAUAAUUUAGGGGCACGAUUCGCUGUACUUCGCGUUUUUUUACGUUUUUUUUCCCCCGGACUUCCGGUCAUUAAGUUACAGGAACAUGGAUUUGCGCAGCCAUGCAAUGGGAUGCUUCCAUUGUCACAGGUGAAUGAUGACGAUCGAAGGCUGGCGAGUGGCGCGGUUGUGACGCAAUCUGAGAUGCAGCCUGUGCGUUCUUCGCCGAAAGCCGCAUCCAUUUCACGACGAAAUCGCCGCAAAGCAGACUUGUCUUUGGAAACAUCACCACGUGGUGACGAAGAUGAAAUCACUGUUCCAGCAUAUGGCACAUCCCAAUGUAAUAACUCGUAA